AUGAUGCGCCUCUUGCCCCUUGUCUUUCUCAUCAGCGCGCAGUCGCAGUCCGAGUCCGAGUCCGAGUCCGACUGUGCUUUGCUGCAGAUCACUCAGCAGGAUGACAACCCACCAUCCUCCAAAGCACAGGAUGUCAUCUCCAAGCACUUCCAAGGGGUUCCUGAGGGAGGGAGCUUUGUCCGCAGCAACCUCGUUCCCAUGUCAUCGCCGCACGAGAACCGGACCAGGAAGACCGCGGCCUGGGAAUGCUCCAAAAUCGAUUUCAAGAGCUUUACAGGGAGUGGCGCAGACAGCCAGGCAGUUCAAGAUCUCAUGACAUCCCUGGAGAUUUCCAAAUAUUGUGGUAAGUACAAAGGCGAUCCCAAGGCAGAGGCGGCCCAGAAUCCAACCUGCCUUGCUUUCUGGGCAGGCAUGGAGGCCCACAUGCAGCUCCAGAGGGAUGGGGUGAAGCCCGUGUUCAACAACAUGAUGGUUGUGAAUUGGUUUGCGAACGAGCCGGGUCACUACCCGUCCUGGGGAAGCACGGAUGAUGUCACCGUGACCUAUGGGAAGGGUGAGGCCAAGACUGUGACGGUCAAGGACAACAGCGCAGUCACGGGCUACGCCUUCUGUGACAUCGUACAUACCAUCUUGAGGCAGAACUUCGAUCAGGCGCAGCGUGGACAAUGUGCCCCAACGGCGGUGCUUAUGGCGCUCAGCAAUGUGAAUCCGGCCAAGGCCAUCAAGAUCGGGCUCGAGCUAUUCUGGACAGGCACUUUUCAUGGCGUUCCGCCCCAGUUCGAUCAGUGCCGCUACAUUUACGACGACAUGCCACCGGGUGUCGUGCCUUUUGAUGUGGGCCAACCCGGGACAGACGGCUCCGGCGGCAAGCCCUUGCCGAUGCCAUGCCUCGGCAACGCAAACGACUGCGAACAGGGCACCGGCACACCCAACACAAAUGCGGGCUUGCAAGGCAUGUGGGCAAUUAAGAUGACGGCUCUCCGGGAUUUUGCAACGGCGAAGAGCUGCGAUGCCUGCGCUCGGAAAGCUUGGGUCACCUAUCCAGGCAUGAGCCCCGAGCACCAGGCGUUGAUCAGCGACGGCUGGUUCUUUGGGCCCCUGAGGCAGAUGAUGGAGAUCCUCUUUCGGGCUCCGGUCCGGCUGGACCACAUGCCGAACAGGGCGGAUCGACGCUUCAUGAAGGAGACGAUGGAUCUCAUCUGCAGCAUGAAGGGAGGUGCCGUGGUGGGGAUUGCCUCUUCGGUUCUGAAGAUGGUGAACGUCGCGCUGCAAACGGUUGGAGCAGGCAGCAAGGAACGGCCGUGGCGGUCAAGAGACUGGUCUUGGAGGUGUGGGGAGAACAAGUGGAGCAGCACUUCAGAUCAUGCGGCUUACGUUGAUUCCUGCGACGGGGACAUCGUAUCGAUCUGGACAUGGUCGGGACGCCUCUUCAUCGAUCGUGAGACUUUGCUUACCUGGGGAUCAGACACCAAGAAUGGCCUCCCAUGUCCCGGCAAUUCUGGACCUGUAAGCAGUGCUCUUUUCGAUUUCAUUGAGGUGGCGCCCAGCGCCGUCUUGGCCACUCCUUGCUCCGGACUCUACGGCGCGGAGGCGUUGACCUGUGCCUGGGAGCAGGAUGUGAAGACUUGCAUGGAGACCAGCUGCCACGGCUGUUCGGGUGAGCCCUGCCAGCUCUGCAGAGAGGACACCGAGAAAAUCCACGACUGCUGCCAGAAGCACUACCACUCGGCGUCGCCACCCUUGAUGUGCGAGAGUGCUGCCAUCACCGAGGGCGUGAAAGCUUGUGUGCAGGCUGAGUGCCAAGGCUGCUCCGGGGAGCAGUGCCAGCUUUGCCAGGAGGAUUCAACCCGCAUCUCCGCCUGCUGCACUCAGCACGAUGUCAGCGAUCCCCCGCAGAUCUGCCGGGACGCCAUGAAGGGACCCUGUGAUGGCCUUCAGGGAGACGCUCUUGGCCGCUGUCAAUGGGAACAGGAAGUGACCGCCUGCCUCGACAACAAGUGCGCGGGCUGCUCUGGCGAGCAAUGCCAGCUGUGCCGUGAGUCGUCCGAGUCAAUCCUUUCCUGCUGCAACGACAGCGAGCAAGACGCUUCCCAGCCGGAGAUGUGCAAGACUGCCUUCGAGACAACCGUGACGAAGUGUGUGGAGGACCAGUGCCGGAAGUGCUCCGGAGAGCAGUGCCAGCUCUGCCGUGAGGACGCAGAGAGGUACACCGAGUGCUGCAAGCAGCAUGGUGUCAGCACAAAGGUCUGCGAAGCAGCCCAAACCCAGGGCCGCCAGCACCGCCGGGAGAUUCUUCCUUGA